AUGGCGUGGUGGGAUGUGACUAUUCCGAGCGGUCUCAUCAAACUGCUCAUCAUUGCCAACUGUGCUCUGCUCACGUCCGUCACCGCGGAGCUUAAUGUCGUCUCGUUACCUCUUCACAGAAACCAACGUCGCUCGAUCGUUAAACGCGAUCAUGGAAGUGCCUCGUUGGAGAACGACUACGUUGACGGAUUGUUCUGGGUGAAUGCCACCGUGGGAACACCGGGGCAACUGGUUCAACUUCAAAUCGACACUGGAAGCAGUGAUAUCUGGAUGUUUGGUGCAACCUCAUGCGCCGAAUCUUCCACGUCGUGCCUUGGUGGCUUUUAUGACAGCUCGAAAUCAAGCUCCGGUCAGAUCAUUGAACGUGAUGGAUUCAGCAUUUCUUACGUUGAUAACUCCGGAGCGAUGGGGGAUUAUGUCUCGGAUACUUUUGCGAUCGGCGAUAUCACCAUCAAGGAUAUGACUCUCGCGGUUGCUACCGAGGUACAAGACGCUUCUUCUGGCGUGAUGGGUAUCGGCUUCGCUUCAGGCGAGUCGAUAGUGAGCGACGGCGGCAAGCCCUACAAAAAUCUCGUUGAGAUGAUGGUGUCACAAGGUCUCAUCAACUCUCGUACAUACAGUUUGUGGCUCAAUGAUGUUGGUUCUGAGACCGGAAGUAUCUUGUUUGGCGGUUAUGACAAGGGUAAAUUCAAGGGUGACCUGAUUGCGAUGCCAAUCCAACCAGACGCGCAAUCCGGUCAAAUCACAUCCAUGACCGUGGCUUGGACAUCACUAGCCAUUACGGACCCCACCCAAGGCACUCAGACCCUUACCUCGAAAAACUUUGCGCUGGCAACCGUUCUCGAUUCAGGAACCACUCUCACAUACGUUCCACCCGAUCUGUACAACCAAGUCGCCUCAUUCGCCAACGUCAUGGCAUACGAAGGCAUGGAAUCCGGUCUUGUCGAGUGCGAAGCUAUGGCGCAAUACAAGGGCACUCUAGACUUUGGUUUUGUCGGCUCUGGCGGACCAGUCAUCUCAGUGCCGUUCUCAGAGCUAUGCUUCCCAUACACUGAUGAUAUCGGGCACCCUCUGUCUUUUGACAACGGCGCCACAGCGUGCUACUUUGGACUUGCACCCACCCAGGAUAACACGCAGAUUCUCUUUGGCGACACAUUCCUUCGCUCAGCGUACGUGGUGUAUGAUCUAGACCGGAAGGAGAUCGCUAUUGCCCCGACGGAUUUCAACAGCGAUGUCACUAACAUCGUGGAGAUUGGAGGAUCGGGAUCAUCAGCUACACCAACUUGGCGUGUGGCGAGCUCGGUCACUGUCGUGCAGACGGCGACAGGUCGACCGGAAGAGCCAGGUUACUUCGCCUCGGUGACAUUGACGGGGCACAUUUCUUACACGCACACGGGGACUGGGUUUCACAUUCCCACUGCCUCUCUAUCAGGUCUGUCACCAAAAUCAUCAGAGGGUGUUGCCACGCUGGCUGUUUGCCCUGGGAUCUUAGCCAAUAUUGUCAUCUGUGCUGUCUCUGCAUUGGGAGGGGCAGCGUUCAUUUUUGCCCGAUAG